CCUGCUGCAGGAGUGUGCCUGGUGCUGGGUUGCAUGAUCUUCCCCGACGGAUGGGACGCCGAGGUGAUCCGGGACAUGUGCGGGGAGCAUGCCGGGAAAUACUCACUGGGCGAUUGCUCGGUACGCUGGGCCUAUAUGCUGGCCAUCAUGGGCAUCCUGGACGCCCUCAUCCUCUCCUUCUUGGCCUUUGUCCUUGGCAACCGGCAGACAGAUUUCUAUCUUGAUGAUUUGCAGAUAGACAACAAAGAUUUUGCUGUUUCAAGGAUUGAAGUGCGGGACAGAAGAGAGCCGAGGUAUGGAGUACAACGUCUUCACUGAGGGAAACAAUGGCUCUGGACAACUUCAUUCCUCUUCUCUUCUCUUUACUACAUCUGUUUCUUUCCCUCUCUUUUCUUCUGCCCUUUUCUUCUCUUAUCCCCAAUGAUCAGGAUAGCACCCAAUCUUAAUGCACACACCAAGUGUACAGGAUUCUGUAAGAUAAAAAAAAUAGUUGUACAGUGCAUUUAUCACUCAACUUUCUCAACAAAAUAGGUUUAUGGCAUCCUCUCAGCAAGAUUUCUUGAACAAAUUCAUAAGAGUUUUUCUUCUCCCUGUGCAGAAUGCAUAGUAUCUGUUUGUGACUGUACCUGACAUAGAAUUCAUGAAUUAUUUUUUUAUAUUAAAUUAAUCAGUUCAAACUGUUGUAAUUGUUCUUGCAUGAGGCCCGUUAAGUCCAAUAAUAAUGGAAUUAGUCUAUAAAAUAGCCAACAUGUUUUACAGUACUAAUACCAUAACAGAAAAUAAAGUCAUAGAAAUAUCCAAAAAGUAUUAUUUAUGUAGCAUUGUGACAUCCCAACAAUAAUACCAAGAUUAUAUUUGCUCAAAGAAUUACAAUAUACAAUGAUGUAGCACCGCAAUCAACACCACCCCUAUCAGUGCUCGUGAUCAAAACAUAUGAGUUGCGCUGAAAUAUUUGUCCCUGCUACAACAGCAACAAAAAGGUUGUAAUUUCUACAGACAAACAAGACAACACAGAAGUGAUUGGCUUGGCACAGCUAAUGGGAGAACUCCUGUAAUAACCAGGAGGUUACGCAUUUCUGGUUUUAAUCAUAUGAACGUGUGCUACUUCGUAUACAAAAAAAUAGCAAAUGCUUCAUUCCAGCAAGGAGAUACUUUACUCUGUUUGCCGCUGCCGCUAUGAGGUCUGUAAGUCAACAUUUCAACUAUGACCACAGUUGAUGAUGCGUCUGUAGGCUAUAGCCUGUGUCAAUGACACCAAUUGUCAUGAUAUCAAGUAUGAGUUGAACAUGUGACAGGCUGCAAUUGCACAUUACGACAGUUGGCUGGAGGCCAGAGCUCUUAUCUCUCUCAAAACAGUAUUUCACUGUAACUGACCCUCCUGCAGAACCAAACCAGUGUCGAGUCCCCACAGAAAUGAAAUUACUCGUGUCAUAAAAGCACACAGUUUAUUGUUUCAUAAAUUGGAAUGUG